AAGUGGGGCAUCUAUAAAAGAAAGUAAUGGCUGCUAUACAUAUCAUUAUGGCGCAUGUACAAGAUAUAGCAUUGUGCUUAUUCAGGGGAGUGCGUUUUAAUGUAUCAAGCAUCUCAAUUGCCAUGAUACCUGGACUUUUUCUGCCCUACAAACCUGUUGCUCCUUGUUUUUUUUUUACACAACACCUAGAUUUUUUCCCCCCCCACGCGUUUCGCGAACCCAUGAAGACCCGUGACGAUGUUCAUACACCGGAGCGCCUUCGACAUUCCGAUAAACAUUUUUCGAGUUGGCCGAAGGGUGUCAGCCGCAGAGCAGAAGAACGCUUUCUGAGUCCUAUUUAUUUACUUAGUUAGUUAAGGUGUGAAUCAAACCAAAUGUACCUGCCCAGUAAAAGCCAUGUUUGAGUUUCAGGCCUUCCUGUUUCUAUGGUUACAACCACCGUGUAGAAUUGUCUGUACAAGGGAUUGGUUACUAUUUAACAUCUACUCCGGCAUUAGCCCUGAUUAGGAGAAUCAAUAUGAUAACAGGCACCGGUGCGUACCCUCCCUUAUUUUACAACACCUUCCUACUCCUUCCUCGCCUACUCCCUGCGCUGCCUGCAUAUGCGGUGAACUCUCUUGUAAAACUGGACGGAAGGAAGAAAUGGUUAACGUCCAAACACAAAUGAACGCCAACAUGGAUGCCCCGUACGAUACGUCCCCGUCGGAAGUGACAAACCUCAACGCGGCCAACAGCAUUGGAAUUAACUCCUUGUGCGCCAUAUGUGGCGACCGAGCUACGGGCAAACACUACGGAGCCUCCAGCUGUGAUGGCUGCAAAGGAUUCUUCCGGAGGAGCGUUCGAAAAAAUCACAUGUACUCGUGCAGGUUUAGCAGACAGUGUAUAGUAGACAAAGACAAAAGGAAUCAGUGUCGUUACUGCCGGCUGAAGAAAUGUUUCCGAGCUGGAAUGAAAAAAGAAGCUGUACAGAAUGAACGAGACAGAAUCAGCACAAGACGAUCGAGUUAUGAAGACAGCAGUUUACCAUCUAUUAACGUGUUAAUCCAAGCUGAAGUACUGUCACAGCAGAUAACGUCAUCCGUGUCCGUGUUGAACACAGAUAUCAGAGGGAAGAAAAUUGCAAAUAUCAGCGACGUGUGCGAUUCAAUGAAGCAGCAGCUCCUGGUUCUGGUGGAGUGGGCCAAAUACAUCCCCGCUUUCUGUGAGCUUCCAUUAGAUGACCAGGUGGCGUUAUUACGGGCGCACGCGGGGGAGCACUUACUUCUCGGAGCUGCCAAAAGAUCCAUGAUUUAUAAAGACCUCUUGUUACUUGGGAACGAUCGCUUGGUGCCACGAAACUGUCCCGAGCUAGAAGUUGGCCGAGUGGCCGUCAGAAUUCUAGACGAGCUGGUUCUUCCAUUCCAGGAACUUCAAAUCGAUGACAACGAGUAUGCGUGUUUGAAAGCUAUAAUAUUUUUUGACCCUGAUGCCAAAGGAUUGAGCGACCCGACCAAAAUCAAAAGGAUGAGGUACCAGGUUCAGGUCAGCCUGGAAGAUUAUAUCAACGACAGACAGUAUGACUCCCGGGGGAGAUUUGGGGAGCUUCUUCUCCUGCUCCCCACCUUGCAGAGUAUUACCUGGCAGAUGAUAGAGCAGAUCCAGUUUGUCAAGCUUUUCGGGAUGGCCAAGAUUGACAACCUGUUGCAGGAGAUGCUUCUUGGAGGAUCAACGAAUGAAGCACCGCACGCUCAUCACCCGCUACACCCUCAUCUGGUCCAAGACCACCUGGCAACAAACGUCAUUGUAGCCAACAACAGCCUGCCAACCCAGCUCCACAAUGGACAGAUGUCCACACCGGAAACACCUCAGCCGUCCCCGCCAGCCGGUUCCGGGGCAGAACAAUACAAAAUUGUACAUGGAGCAAUCGCCACUGUAUCUAAACAGCCAACCUCCAUCCCGCAACCCACCAUCACCAAACAGGAAGUUAUGUAAAGAAAAA